CAGUCAAGCACUCCUCUCUCCAAGUCGCGGGGACAGCUAUUCCCCAGAGUCGCAAGGACGAGCGGGACCGCCGCCGCAAACCUGCGGGACAUCGGUUUUGAUUUGAAACAAACACCAGAGAGAAGUUGCGAUGGCGGACAACGGCGGACCACCGUUGUCGUCCUUCAUCAUGGAUGAGGAAACCCUGAAGAGGAAGCAAAAGGAGAAACUGAAGAAGCUGAUGGCCACGGGUGGAAAUCCCAGGCCGGCGCGUUCUCUUCUCUUCUUGACUCUGAGGAAUCCCUUCCGCAAGGCUUGCAUCACCAUCGUGGAGUGGAAACCUUUUGAAAUCAUUAUCCUCUUGGCCAUUUUUGCCAACUGUGUCGCCCUGGCUGUGUACUUACCCAUGCCUGAGGAAGACAGCAACAACACCAACAGUAAUCUGGAAAGCCUGGAGUACAUUUUCCUUCUCAUCUUCUCAGUAGAAUGUUUUCUGAAGAUAAUUGCCUACGGAUUUCUUUUUCACGCAGAUGCAUAUCUAAGAAACUGCUGGAACAUUUUGGACUUUGUCUGUGUAUCAGUUGGACUCUUCACUGUGGUUGUGGAUGCCAUUAACCAUAUCAGUGGCGUGGAGCCUGCGGUGGGAGAAAAGGGUGGUGGUUUUGAUAUGAAAGCUCUGAGGGCUUUCAGAGUUCUUCGACCACUGAGGCUGGUCUCUGGAGUCCCCAGCCUGCAAGUGGUGAUGAACUCCAUCCUAAAGUCGAUGCUUCCUUUGUUUCACAUUGCUCUGCUCGUCUUUUUCAUGGUCACAAUCUACUCUAUUAUGGGACUGGAGCUCUUCAAGUGCAAAAUGCAUAAAACUUGCUACUACAAAGGCUCAGACAUCGUUGCUACAGAGGAGAAUGAGAAGCCGGCUCCGUGUGCCCAAGCGGGAAACGGGCGUCGUUGCACCAUCAACGGCACAGAGUGUCGGGCUGGUUGGCCUGGCCCAAAUAAUGGCAUCACUCACUUUGAUAACCUGGGAUUUUCUAUGCUGACCGUGUACCAGUGUAUCACUACACAGGGAUGGACUGAUGUUCUCUACUGGGUAAAUGACGCUAUCGGAAUGGAAUGGCCUUGGAUCUUUUUCACCACACUCAUCCUGGUUGGUUCCUACUUCGUGCUCAACUUGGUUCUGGGUGUACUUAGCGGCGAGUUCACCAAGGAGCGGGAGAAGGCGAAGUCUCGUGGAGAGUUUCAGAAGUUGAGGGAGACCCAGCAGCUUGAUGAGGACCUGAAGGGAUACAUGGAGUGGAUCACUCAGGCUGAAAUCAUGGACAAUGACCAGGAGGGACAGAGUCUGCUCCCUGCUGAAAAUGGUGGAUCGGAGGCAGGGAGUGCUGGGAAAAUGGACACCAUGCAAUUGAUAAUGUAUUACUAUAAAGUGGCUCGCAAGUGGAAUCGCUGGUUGCGCCGUAAAUGUCGGGUGUACGUCAAGUCCAAACUUUUCUACUGGUGGGUGAUCAUGCUUGUCUUCUUCAAUACGCUCGCCAUUGCAACGGAACACCACAAGCAGUCAGAAAGGCUCUCAAACUGGCAAGACAAUGCCAAUAAUCUCCUCCUCUUCAUGUUUUCUCUGGAGAUGUUCAUGAAGAUGUACGCUCUCGGCUUGUCUUCGUACUUCAUGUCUCUCUUCAAUCGCUUCGACUGCUUUGUGGUGUCCACUGGCAUCAUGGAGCUCAUCCUCGUACAAAUGAACAUCAUGUCAGUCAUGGGCAUCUCGGUGCUCCGCUGCAUCCGGCUGUUACGCUUGCUCAAAGUCACCAGAUACUGGACGUCUCUGAGUAACCUGGUGGCUUCUCUCCUGAACUCGACUCGCUCCAUUGCCUGCUUGCUGCUUCUCCUCUUUCUCUUUAUUGUCAUAUUUUCCCUGCUGGGCAUGCAAGUGUUUGGAGGAAAGUUCAACUUUCCCAACCAAGCAAAGCCUCGCAGCACUUUUGAUAGCUUCCCCCAGGCCCUGAUCACCGUUUUUCAGAUCCUGACAGGUGAGGACUGGAACGCUGUAAUGUAUGAUGGCAUUAUGGCACAUGGAGGACCCAGCAUGCCCGGAAUCCUCGUCAGCAUCUACUUCAUCAUUCUGUUUGUUUGUGGAAACUUCAUUCUUCUGAAUGUCUUCCUGGCCAUUGCAGUUGAUAAUUUGGCUGAAGCGGAGUCGUUAACCUUGGCUCAGAAGGAGAAAGCAGAGGAAAUGAAUCGAAAGAAAGCACUCAGGACCAAUUUACCCAACAAGGGUUCUGAGGAAAAAGCUAACCUGGCAAAGAAAUUAGCUGAGCAGAGGGCCAAAGGAGUAGAGGGCAUGCCCACUACGGCGAAGCUAAAAAUUGAUGAGUUUGAAUCCCAUGUGAAUGAAAUUAAAGACCCUUUCCCUCCAGCUGACUUUCCCGGUGAUGAUGAGGAGGAGGACCCGGAAAUCCCAGAAAGUCCAAGACCUCGCCCGAUGGCCGAUCUUCAAUUGAAGGAAGAAGCGGUACCAAUGCCAGAAGCCAGUUCAUUUUUCAUCUUUGGACCACAAAACAAGUUCCGAAAGCUGUGCCAUCGCAUCAUUAACGCAACUACUUUUACCAAUAUCAUCCUCCUUUUCAUCCUGCUGUCAUCUGUUUCUUUGGCAGCGGAGGAUCCUAUAGACCCAAUGUCCUUCAGGAACCAGGUGUUGGCAUAUGCUGAUAUUGUCUUCACUUCAGUUUUUACAGCAGAGAUUGUGCUCAAGAUGACAACAUACGGAGCCUUUCUUCACAAAGGGUCUUUCUGCCGGAACUCUUUUAACAUUUUGGAUCUACUGGUCGUCAGCGUGUCUUUGCUCUCUAUGGGCAUGGAAUCCAGUGCCAUCUCCGUGGUGAAGAUUCUUAGGGUGUUGAGGGUAUUGCGUCCCCUGAGGGCCAUCAACAGAGCAAAGGGACUCAAGCACGUGGUCCAGUGCGUGUUUGUUGCCGUGAAGACCAUCGGAAACAUCGUACUGGUCACCAUGCUGCUCGACUUCAUGUUUGCUUGCAUCGGAGUUCAACUUUUUAAAGGCAAAUUUUAUUCCUGCACCGAUCCAGACAAAAUGAUUGAGGAAGAAUGCAAGGGUUGGUUUAUAAAGUAUCAGGAAGGAGCUCUUCAUGAUAUGGAGAUCCGAAAAAGGGAAUGGACCAACUCGGAACUAAACUUCGAUAACAUCUUCAACGGAAUGCUGGCCCUUUUCACCAUUUCCACAUUCGAAGGAUGGCCAAAGCUUCUUUAUAAGGCCAUUGAUUCAAACGUGGAGGACAAAGGGCCGCUGUACAACAACCGAGUGGCCAUCUCCAUUUUCUUCAUCAUUUACCUCAUCCUGAUUGCCUUUUUCAUGAUGAACAUAUUUGUGGGUUUCGUCAUUGUCACUUUCCAGGAACAGGGAGAGCAAGAGUACAAGGACUGUGAGCUGGACAAAAACCAGCGCCAAUGUGUGCAGUAUGCGCUGAAAGCUCGACCACUACGCUGCUAUAUUCCCAAGAACCCAUACCAGUAUCAAGUGUGGUACAUCGUGACCUCCUGCUACUUUGAGUACCUCAUGUUCCUUCUCAUUAUGCUCAACACCAUGUGUCUUGGAAUGCAGCAUUGUAACCAGUCAGACCACGUCACACACCUGUCUGACAUGCUGAAUGUGAUUUUUACCGUGCUCUUCACCGUGGAGAUGAUCCUGAAACUCAUGGCCUUCAAAGCUAAGGGUUACUUUGGAGACCCCUGGAAUGUUUUUGACUUUGUCAUCGUAAUCGGAAGUGUGGUGGACGUGACUCUGAGUGAAGUGGAUGCAGCGCUGGUGUCUUCUGGAGGUCUUUACUGUCUCCACGGCUGUGAUGCAGUGGAUCCUAUGCAAGCAAUUGCCUCUUCAGAGAACAUGAGUGUCUCAAUCACAUUCUUCAGACUGUUCCGUGUCAUGCGUCUGGUGAAGCUUCUGAAUCGCUCCGAAGGAAUAAGGAACCUCCUAUGGACCUUCAUAAAAUCCCUCCAGGCUCUUCCCUAUGUGGCCCUGCUCAUUCUGAUGCUGUUCUUCAUAUAUGCUGUUGUUGGAAUGCAGAUAUUCGGCAAAAUCGCUUUGGUGGACGGUACAUACAUUAACAGGAACAACAACUUCCAGACGUUUCCACAUGCUGUGCUCCUGCUAUUCAGAUGUGCAACAGGGGAAGCGUGGCAUGAAGUGAUGCUGGCAAGUAUGUAUGGAAAGAAAUGUGACCCCAAGUCGGAUUAUCUUCCUGGAGAGGAGUUCACCUGUGGAUCCAACUUUGCUGUCAUUUACUUCAUCAGUUUCUACAUGCUCUGUGCUUUUCUGAUCAUCAACUUGUUUGUGGCUGUUAUCAUGGACAACUUUGACUAUUUGACACGGGAUUGGUCCAUCCUUGGCCCCCAGCACUUGGAUGAGUUCAAGAAAAUCUGGGCAGAAUACGACCCUGAAGCCACGGGGCGCAUUAAGCACCUUGAUGUGGUGACACUCCUACGGCGAAUACCUCCUCCCCUGGGUUUUGGAAAGUUUUGCCCUCAUCGUAUUGCCUGCAAGAGGCUCGUCUCCAUGAACAUGCCUCUCAACAGUGACGGGACGGUCACCUUCAAUGCCACCCUGUUUGCCCUGGUUAGAACGGCAUUGAAAAUAAAGACCGAAGGGAAUUUUGAACAAGCAAAUGAGGAACUUAGGGCAAUUAUUAAGAAGAUCUGGAAGCGAACUAGUAUGAAACUCCUGGACCAAGUCAUUCCAUCCAUAGGAGACGAUGAAGUGACAGUCGGAAAAUUCUAUGCAACGUUCUUAAUCCAAGAUUACUUUAGGAAAAUGAAGAAAAGACAAGAGGAAUACUAUGGUUGCAGGCCUACGAAGAAAAAUGCCACAAAUGAGAUACAGGCAGGACUUCGGAAUAUUGAAGAAGAGGCUGCGACAGAACUGCAUCGAACCAUCUCUGGAGAUCUUCUCAAUGAAGACGAGAUAGAGAGAGUAACUGAUGAUGUGGAGGAAAUCUUCAGGAGGCAAGCAAGUCUUUUUGGAAACCACUCCGACCCAUUCGCCAUGGAGAGCGAUGUGGCCAGUGGCAACCAGGUUACCAGUCAGCGCCCACUGCAGAUGGCAGAGGGCAUCAUAAACAGCAACACCAAGGAAAAAUGAACGACCUACUUCAGAACAGGAGCACUUCUUGUCCGGAGCUAAAAAAGAAGAACAAAACACUGAAGAAACUCGUUGGCUCCCAUGUCAUCUGUGUGAACAUCCAACACGGCCUUUGUGUGGAAGCUACUGUGACAAGUACUGUACUCAUUUAUGGCCCACUUCAAAACAUUGUCAAGUGGAGGGUCUACCAGGAUGCAUUCAGUCCUUGAGACUGGGAUGUCCAUUGAUUUGCAUAAAUGCAUCUUUUGUCUUCCUUAUGGCGAAUAAUGUGUUUUGUUUUGUUUUAUUUAUGGUAACUUCAAUAGAAAGUGGUUUGAUGACACUAUGCGAGUUGCAGCUACAUGUCAAUUAAGUCAACACUGUCAAGCAGGAAGAAGCUUGAAGACACGAUGUUGUGUAUCUGCAUGCUUGGUGAGUGCAAUUCUGACCAACUGUAAUUUUUUCUCAAUGUGCCAAAUAGGAUUUAAAAGCUGCUUAAUAACUGUGAGAGGCAUAUAGCGUUGUGCAUGGGGAUACUGGUUACCAGUUGUUUGAUGCAAGCGCUGUCUCUCGGGUGAUUUUUAAUGCUUUGUGUGACGAGCAUCCUCGGCGUUAGUUGGUGGUAGAGAUGCGCGGUUUGCGGUCUCAUCCGCGGAGUCCGCGGAUAAACCGCGGGUCGGGCGGGUGACAUGACGAAAAAAUCAAUGUUAAUUAGAUCCGGGCGGGUGGCGGUUGAACCAUUCGGAAUUAUUUGAUAUAUACAUAGUUCAUGGAUCCGUGUCCUUUAUCAUUCAAAGAGCCAUUUAGGACCCGUGUCACAAUGCGAAGAAGACACUAGGAGUCGCUAAUUUUCUCUAGAAUGACUGCCGGCAGUCACCCAGUUAAUAAGUAUUAGGGCGUGCUAUGAAGCCGUUGGCUUUGUCGCCUUCUACAGCAUGUACGAUCUGCUUGUUAGUCCAGCAACGUGUUGUGUGUGGCUUCCCCAGCAACACGCACACGACCUCAAGGCAUACUGGGUGACACAGAGUACACUAAUGGUUGUGAUAUAAACAAUUUUAACACUCUUAGUAAUAUGCGCCACGCUGUGAAGCCACACCAAACCAGAUUGACAAACACAUUUCGGGAGAACAUCCUCCCAGUAACACAACAUAAACGCAACACAACAGAUACCCAUAAUCCUUUGUAUCCAUGAUAUACCUGGCUAUUAUAUACCCCCGCUAGCAGCAAAGUAAGAUCCGCCCAAAACAUCUGGUCUUGUUCGCUAGCAUUAGCUUAUAACUAGAGAACUUAUAUCAAUCAAUCAAUGUUUAUUUAUAUAGCCCUAAAUCACAAGUGUCUCAAAGGGCUGCACAAGCCACAACGAGGAAUAUAUAUAUAUAUAUAUAUAUAUAUAUAUAUAUCAGUGGUUCUUAACCUGGGUUCGAUCAAACCCUAGGGGUUCGUAGAGUCGGGCUCACGGGUUCGGCGGAGGUCAAAACACACCCGACUCAUCAUGUAAAUAAAAAAAUUCUCCCUAUCGGCGUAUUACAGAUACGGCAACAGCAGAAGUAAUUUGUUGUGAGUUUAUGCACUGUGUUGGUAAUGUUCAUGCACGGUUCAUUUUGUGCACCAGUAAAAAAACAUGGUAACACUUUAGUGUGGGGAACAUAUUUACCAUUAAUUAGUUGCUUAUUAACGUGCAAAUUAGUAACAUAUUGGCUCUUAACUAGUCAUUAUUGA